AAAAUCUCAUUUGAAGUACUUGGGUGUCACACAAGAACCUCCUGAUGCCAACUGCAAAGAGGUGCAGAAGGGUUCAGGAAUCUUCUGAUUCUGUGGGCUUCCUAUCACCAGUCUGAGAUGAAUGUAAAUGAAGGAUUGUAAGACGGAACUUCGGUAAGAAAUCAGCAGGAAGAGAAGAAGAUCAGCAGGGGAAGAGAGCCUUAUCUUGAGGUGCACUUAAGAGCAUUCUUGAGCUGUUUCAUACAAACCACAUAAAAUUACCACACGACUAUUGUCUCAGAAUCACUCUUUCGUCCUUGAGGUGUUCUUUUUUUGGCCUUUGGUGGACAGACAUUUUGAAAAACAUACAGCAGUAAUUUUAUUUGUGGCUGAUUCUUGAAGAGCUUGGCAGCAAACUGCGUGGUAACAUUCUCUGAACUUCAGCUCUAAUGUCUCUUAUGGACAAACACAAAGUGAAGCGGCAACGCCUAGAUCGCAUAUUUGAAGAAAAAAGAGAAUUGAAGCAUUUGUUUUGAAAAAAGAAAAACACAUUUAAAGAAUUACAUGGACUUUGCAAACAGAUAUAAGAAAAUGAAAGGCAUUCGACCUCCGAUCAUGAAUGGGCCCAUGCACCCACGCCCUUUGGUAGCUUUGCUGGAUGGCAGGGAUUGUACAGUAGAAAUGCCUAUUCUGAAGGAUGUAGCCACGGUGGCAUUUUGUGAUGCUCAGUCCACACAAGAAAUUCAUGAAAAGGUACUAAAUGAAGCAGUGGGUGCACUGAUGUAUCACACUAUCACUUUAACACGAGAAGACCUGGAGAAAUUCAAAGCACUUCGAAUAAUUGUCCGAAUUGGCAGUGGUUUUGAUAACAUUGACAUCAAAUCUGCUGGGGAUUUAGGAAUCGCAGUAUGUAAUGUGCCAGCUGCAUCAGUAGAAGAGACAGCAGAUUCUACAAUGUGCCACAUCUUGAACCUUUACAGGCGAACCACCUGGCUUCACCAGGCCUUGCGAGAAGGCACAAGAGUACAGAGUGUUGAGCAGAUUCGGGAAGUUGCUUCUGGAGCUGCCAGGAUUAGAGGGGAGACCUUGGGCAUUAUUGGAUUAGGACGGGUUGGGCAAGCAGUCGCACUACGUGCAAAGGCCUUUGGCUUUAGUGUUCUUUUUUAUGACCCAUACCUCUCAGAUGGCAUUGAACGUGCUCUUGGACUGCAGCGGGUGAGCACUUUACAGGACCUGCUAUUUCACAGUGACUGUGUAACCCUGCACUGCAACUUGAAUGAACACAAUCAUCAUCUUAUUAAUGACUUCACCAUUAAACAGAUGAGACAAGGGGCUUUCCUGGUCAACACAGCUCGAGGUGGGUUAGUAGACGAAAAAGCACUUGCACAGGCCCUGAAGGAAGGAAGGAUACGAGGGGCAGCCUUAGAUGUACAUGAGUCAGAACCAUUCAGCUUUAGUCAGGGUCCACUGAAGGAUGCACCAAACCUGAUCUGCACCCCACAUGCUGCCUGGUACAGUGAACAAGCUUCAAUUGAGAUGCGGGAAGAAGCAGCACGAGAGAUCCGUAGGGCUAUCACAGGUCGUAUUCCAGACAGCCUGAAAAACUGUGUUAACAAAGAUCAUUUGACUGCAGCUACACACUGGGCCAGCAUGGAUCCAGGAGUAGUUCAUCCAGAGCUUAAUGGUGCUGCGUACAGCAGGUAUCCCCCAGGUGUUGUAAGCGUGGCUCCAGCUGGCAUACCUACGGCAGUAGAAGGAAUAGUUCCUAACCCCAUGUCUUUAUCACACGGCCUUCCUGCUGUAGCCCAUCCACCACAUGCUCCUUCCCCCGGCCAAACAGUCAAACCAGAAGCUGAUAGAGACCACCCAAGUGACCAAUUGUAGCCUAAGAAAACAGCAUUCCCAACAUUGGAGAUUUCAACUUCAGAGAGUGUGUGGAAAAAAUCUGGAUUUUGAAUAAAGGCAAAACCAUGAACUUACAGGAGGAGACAAUAAUUGUUUUAGAAACUGGUCCAAUAUACAGUAUAAAAGGAAAAGGUGGGAGACAAAAAGAAGAUUCGGAAACAUUUUUUCCUCCAUAUAAAUUGUAGUUUGUCCCUGUCCAGUGGACUGAUUCACUGUUUCUGUGUCCUAUGGGUUCUUUGUUAAGCAAAAGAAGUUAGUAGUUAAUUAUAUCAUGAAUGUACUUGUCUGUGUACAGUUUUUAGAACAUUAAAAAGGGUUUGUUUUGCUUAGCUGUCAACAAGGAAAAAACACAUAAGGGAGACAUUCAACAAACCAAUUUUGAGAUUAAAAUCCUUUCUUUUAUAUGUUAAAACAUGCCCAAAAAUGAGGCAGUUGGCAAACUUCUCAGGACAAUGAAUUUUUCCCAUUUUUCUUUCUACGCCACACAGUGCAUUGUUUUUUCUACCUGCUUGUCUUAUUUUUUAGAAUGAUUUAGUAAACAAAAGAAAAAACAGUUUUUCCUUAUUUUGGCAUGAUUUCCCUUAUUUCAAAAUGAAGUCAACAUUGCAAAGAAAUUUUGAGGAAAAAAAAAAGGUUUUGUAUAAACAAGCAUUGUGCUUUUUGUCACCAGUUAAAGUAUAUAUUAUUGGUGGUUUGCGAAAAAGGCACUAGACUACUGAAAAGUAGCAGCAUUUCAUUGCCUACAUUGAUUCCUUCCCGGUAAUGUGGUAGGCUAGCAAUAUUUUUGGUUAAAAUCAUGUUUGUGACUGUAACCAUUUGUAUGAAUUAUUUUAAAGAAAUAAAAAUCCCAGACAAAUA